UAUUAUUCCACGGCAUACGAAUUAUUUUGGUUCAAAUUACAGAUAUCUAAAAAAGGAUCAAAUCUUUUCUCAAUCGUUUAUAGUUUCUUCAAUGGAGAUUACUCAAUAUCAAAGUUUUCAUGAAGGUUCGAGUUCUAGGGUUUCCAUGAACAGGAAUUCACAAGUAAUAUCCAAGAUCAAACCCAAGAUUCGCAUAAUCCAUAUAUUUGCACCGGAGGUCAUCAAGACCGACGUCAAGAACUUUCGUUCACUCGUCCAGAGUCUAACCGGGAAACCGGCACCGGGAGAAGCCAAAACCGGUAAAAAGAGAGCCAAAUCAAGAAUUACGACUCCCCAAGAACCGGUUUGCGAUGAUCAUCAGCCGGUCAACAGGCUUUCGGGUUUCACCGGUUUACUAGCAAACGGAGGAAACCACCAGGUGAAAGAAGAGUGGGGAUCAGGUGAUCAGAGUACUUCGAACACAAACACGUACUUUGAUCUAGAAGGUUUAAUUCAAGAUGUCGGAGAAGAUUACUUCUCUUCGUUUCCCAUGAGAUCCUCUUCUUCUUCACAAGUCGAAGGUUUCAUCUUCAACAACAACAACAACAACAACAACAACAACAACAACAACAACAACAACAACACCAACUUCGAUACAAAGGCUCAUAAUUCGUCUUAAUUAAUAACAGAUUAAUUUCUAGGGUUUUCAAUCUUAUUGAUUCUGCAAAUCGCAUUUGGUGAGAUGAGAUCUAAUCGCAACGAUAAGGUCAUAUUUUGUGGGAGAAAAAAGGCAUAGAAGUUGUAUAUAGAUAUAACAAAUGGGUAUGAUGAGAGACAUAAACUUUUGGCGGGACUGACUUUGCCAAGGUUGAGAGUUGUGAUGAAGAGAGUUUAAUCUACGUGCAGCCCUUCUAGGAGAAGUGGCUGUAUCUAAUUAAGAUGUGGUCGGUCAAAAAAGCCCUAGUUUUAUUAUGUAACUUCAUUGAUGUGCUAUUAUUGGAUGUGUAUUAAUUCUUUGGUGUGCAGAUAAAUGUGAUGAUUGCUGUACUUUAAUUUUGGGGAAAAAGUUUGUAUGGAAUUAGAACAAGGAUCGACUUGUUUUCGAUAUAGAUACUCUGAUUGAUUGUGUAUAUUGAAUAUCGAUACUUACAUAACG